AUUUAAAGUUGAAAAUGUUAUGUUGUGCAUUUUUGUAACCUUACAAUGAGUUUUAGUUUAGACGAUCCUUUAGCGGGUAUUCUUAGUGAUGGCAGUGAUGAUAGUUUCUUUGAUGAUGAUAUACUGGGAAAGAAAAAACCUGCCAAGAAGAAAACGACACCCUUAGCUGAAAAGAAAAGUGCAUUGUUCGAUUUGGGUACUAGCGAUAAGCCAAAGCCAACAACGGAAGACAAAAAUGAAUUUCCCUCUCCUGAUUUUAAAGCGGACAAGCGAAAACCCCAGUCUCCUGCUACGUUUACCAGAACGGUGUCUAAAGAAUCAAUUAAACUGCAGCCAUCCGAUUCUAAAAGUAAAACAGACUUUGAUAAACCUGCCCUUGGAAAAUCGCCAGCAAAAACUAGACCUAGCACUAGCGGGGGGUCGCAAGACAUACUGGGUGACCUUAUCCCAGAGACGAAAAAAGAACCAGGCAAAUCUUUAGCGAGAGGUAAAAGUUCACAGUCUCUGUUAGACGAUAUCCUCGGAGGGUCUUCAACUAAAACGGGUGGCUCUAGCCAGGCAGCCCGGCCAGCCACUGGUGCGAAAAGCCAAGAAUUUGAUUUUGAAUCGUUUCUGGGAAAGAGCGAAUCUAAGCAGACUGUGUCGUCUACUAAAACUACAAUUCAAAAGCCAGUUGUAAAAGAAAUUAAGAAAGAACCGCAGAAGAAGUCAAAAGGCAGCGAAGACUGGUUGGGUAUUUUUCAGAGAGAGGAAGAUGAAGUGGAAGAUGAUACUGAUAUGCCAUCCUGGCUGGCGGGUGGGGAUUCUAAAAAGAAGAAAUCUGCGAAAAGCGAAGACAAACCUGCACCUAAAACGAAACAAACCGUUGAAGAAAAACCCGAAAACGCACCUGUUAUUGAAAGAGAAACUGAACAGUACCCUCAAUUUGAUUCAAAAUUGGACCAGUUUUCUAAGAUGGCGACGAGUAACAGCGUAAUACAGGGCAGUAAUGAAGAUAUAACGGCGGAAGGAGCGGCGUUGUAUAUGCAGCAACAGGAGGCACAGUUAAUGGUUGCUUUGCAGCUUAAAGCGCAAGAAGAAAAAUUGGCUGCCAUGCAGAUGCGUCAGCAAGAAACGCAACGCAUACAACGCGAGGCGGCCCUUGCGCACCAUUCUCAAUUCGACGCCAUGUUAGCACGUCAAGCGGAGCAUCGCCGGCAGAUGCAGGCUGUGAUCGCUGCGCAUCAGGAUCGCAUCACGCAACGAAUACAGGCUAUGCUAGGAGCGGCUGACACCAACCCUGAAGGUGCUGAUAUGCCUGAACACGGCCCACAAGGCUCGACAGAACGCCAAGAGAGCCCGCAUGCAAAGGAAAAGAAACAGUUGCUGCAGCUGGUGCAGUCGCUGCAGGAGAACCAUGACAAGGAGAUUGAUCUUAUGGAGACUUCUUACAGACGUCAACUAGCUUUUCUAGAGAUAUCUCUCAGCCAAUCCGAAGAGCGCAUGAAAGACGAGAGCGAAAAGUUAAUAAAAUUUUAUUCAGAAAAAAUCAAUUGGUUGGAAGAACAUCACGCGCUUUUCAAAAAACUUGCUGAAGAGAAUUUGAACUCUCUUACAGGUCGACAUACAGCUGAAACUGAAAUACUAAGACAGCAACACGUGGACAAUGUUCGUGUGCUGCAAGAACAUCAUGCGUCGUUGAUGGAGAAUAUUAAAAACGCUGUAAAACAAGAACAGUUGUUAAUUCAGGAUUCAGCUGGGUUUUCGUCAAAUUUGCAGGAGUUGGUAACGGACGUUAAGGAAAGCAAAUUCCAAUGUAUUUCCCUUGUCGAAAAAGUCAAAGCUUUGGCGGAAAGCUCCAAACAUGAUAAUGAAAAGAGCUUACAGAUCAGAGAAACACAGAUUAAUGAAAUGAUACAACAGUUAAAAAAGGAAAGAGGAAACUUCGAUGCUGAAAAGUCAGAGAGUAGAGACAUGGUGAAAAUGUUGGAAACAAGAUUAAAGCAAAUGACAACGAUGAUAGAGGAUGAAACUGCUUCAUUAAAACAAAAGAAAAUGGAGUUCGAAUUUGAAAAGGCAACUUUUAGCAAGCAAACAGAAUUUGCUAAGAAUGUUCUUAAACGGCAGGACGAAGAAAUGAAGAUGCUUAAAGAAGAUAUCCAAAGAGAAUACAAAGAGAAGAUAGCUAAAAUUGAAGAAGAUAAACAAAAAGCUCUGAAGGAUGUUGCUCUUGUUGCCAAGGAAAAGGCUUCGACGCAAAGUCUUAAACAAGAAAUAGAGAAAUUGAAGACUGAUCUUCAAGCUCAACUAGAGGAAGUUACUGAAGAGCGAUCGAGGUUGAAUAUAGAAAAGCAGCAAAUGCACAUGGAGGAGCAAAGGAUGUUUGCCAAGAGUCGAGAUUUAGAUCUUCUAGCCAAGACAGCGAUAGAAAAACAAUCACAAGCCGAUAAAAAAUAUUCUGAAGCUGAAUUUAUUCAAAGAAAAUACGAAGAAAGGAUACGUAGAAUCCAAGAACAUGUAGUAUCUUUAAAUAAUAGAGAAAAACAAAUAGCAAAAGAAAAAGUAGCUCUCUCAAGAGAAAGACUAAACUUGCAUAACGAAAGAAAGCAGAUGGAGGGAAAACAGCAGUGUUCUGUAUGUAAAUCUGUUCAAAGUGCCCCUCAGUAUAAUUUUGAUUCGUCAUAUUUACCAGAAACGUUUCUACAAAUGCCAGUGUCUAGAGAUUUUGGAAAUACGCAGAUGACUUCGGCCAUGACAGCGAUUGAACAAGAAAUGGCGCAUUUAAUGGGACAAAGUUUUAGUCUCAGGCAUACUCCCGGUUUGAAUUUGAAUCGUGAAGAGAGGCUUAAUGCAAACGAUGUUAGAAAUGCUGAUGAAAAUAUACAGCUGGGUGAAGUUGAACCAGGGACUUUUAAGGACUACAUGGACCCCAAAUUUAUGAUGCUGCGUUUAGAUGUCCAGCAAGUAAUAAGUAAUUUAGAUCAAAAUAAGACUGAUCAAGUAGGGCCCACAGAAAACGACCAACAAGAAGACUAAGUUAAUGUAAGCAGAAAUUUCCUUAUGAAAGAUAAAAUAAAAGACUGAAUU